AAAGCAAGGUGGGGGGAGCAGCAACGUGGGUCCUUUGCAGCAACCCGGCAUGGACAGCAUGGUAACAUUGUCCAAUGACGAGAAUGUUUUGGUGAAGCAAAUUCAGGCCACCCAUUCUCCAGAUGGCCGAGUAAUUGAUAGCGGACCCCUUCUCUAUUAUGUUGAGGACAUUCUUAAUCGUGCCACUCUGAAUCCAGAUGCCCUGAUCAUUACAACGGGUACGCAAGAAAGCCUAUUCCUAGAUGCCUUUCUUCAUGCCCUGUCGUCACUUAUAAUCGAUCGAAUUUCCAGCGAGAUAUCAUACAAGGCUUUGAGCGACAAGGAUGCACACGAAACGUCGACGCUCUCAAUAUUUCACCAGCUAUCAAAUUAUGGUUGGGAUACUAAGAUGUUGCUGGUCGUAGCUGCUUUUGCUUUGCGCUAUGGAGAAUUCUGGCUCCUUGUCCAGAUCAUUUACUCAACAAAUCAACCAAUUGGCCUAAGUGAUCACGCAAGCGCAUUGAAACCCCGCUUCGAUGCACUUAAUGAUCUAAUCAAAACGAUAUUGGAAGUGACCCACUGUGCUGUUACGAUUAAAGAACUACCAUCCAUGUAUAUCACACCUGAGUUUCCUGCACUAUCCACUUGCAUAGCCCAUUUUCCAACAGCUGCCUAUUGGACAAUCAGGAGCAUUGUGGCCUGCGCAACUCUUAUUACUAGCAUCACUAGCAAAGGUUACGAGUUUAGGAUAUCCGCCACAGAAGCACAAUGGGAUCAGUUAUCCACCCUGGCUCACAAGCUCAAAAACGUGCAUGACCAUCUUAAUAAACAGCUGGAAAAGUGCCACCAACACAUAAAUGAGAAGAUAGAGGAUGAAUAUUUUGACAUGCUUGGGAAACUCUUCGAGAUGGUUCACCUUGACAAUAUGAAGGUUCUCAAGGCCCUGAUUUGCCUUAAGGAUGAUGUGCAGCCGCUUGUUGAUGGUUCCACCAAGAGAAGGGUUAACAUAGACGUUCUAAGGAGGAUGAACGUGUUAUUGCUCAUUUCAGGCCUGAAUAUCUCCCAAGAUGAGCUUUCAAUUCUGGAACUGAUUUAUAACGAGUCCAGACUCCACCUUACGAGGCUAAAAAGUCAAUAUGAGCUUGUCUGGAUACCGAUUGUGGACAGUUCAGGCAAAUGGACUGACUCCAUGCAAAUACAAUUUGAGAAUUUACAGUCUACAAUGCCAUGGUACACGGUGCACCCUCCUUCCUUGAUAGAUAAGGCAGUGGUUAGGUUCAUUAAGGAGAAGUGGCACUUCAAGAAUAAGCCUAUUAUUGUGGUGUUGGACCCUCAAGCAAAGGUGGUGUCCCCCAAUGCAAUUCACAUGAUGUGGAUUUGGGGAAGCAAUGCCUUUCCUUUCAGUAGCUCCAGAGAAGAAGCGCUAUGGAGGGAAGAGACUUGGAGGCUUGAGCUGCUGGUGGAUGGCAUUGACCACACAGUACUGAAUUGGAUUAAAGACGGAAAAUACAUUUUCAUGUAUGGAGGGGACGACAUUGAGUGGAUUCGGAAAUUUACAAGGUCAGCACGCUUAGUUGCAUUGGCGGGACGCAUACCCUUAGAGAUAUUCUAUGUGGGAAAGGGCAGCAAAAUGGAGCAAGUCCAGCGAGUUGUAAGGACCAUCGCAACGGAGCAGCUGAGCUCCUACUGGCAAGACCCAACAAUGAUAUGGUUCUUCUGGUCCCGCAUUGAGAGCAUGCUCUUCUCAAAGAUUCAACUAGACAAGGCUGACGACCACUUGGACCCUGUGAUGCAAGGGAUCAAGAGGCUACUCAGCUACGACAGAGAGGGAGGAUGGGCGGUGCUGAGCAAAGGGUCUAGCAUUGUGGUGAAUGGGCAUGGGAACAUAGUUUUGGCAACCUUGUUCGAGUAUGACAUGUGGAAGGACAACGUGGCUGUGCAGGGUUUUGAUGUGGCUUUCAAGACCCAUCAUGACCUGCUUCAUGGUGAGAAAUACCCCUGAUGCCGCUUCGAGUUCUCGCCCACUGUCAGAAGGGUUCCGGUGCACAUGUCGUGCCCUGAGUGUUACGACGACAUGGAGGAAUAUAUCACUUUCCUCUGCUGCCACGAGAAAGCUCACGUUCGAACACGUCUCCAACCACGCGCCAGCAUUUCCUUCUAG